AUGGCUGAUUCCGAGUUUGAAGAAUUCAGGCAAAUAUUCGAAUCGCUACCUCAACAUCUGAGGGCGUCCGCGCAGACCUAUACUCUAGUUCACGAUGUAUUAUCAGACGAAGAGUCAUCGACUGAAGCUACAAUCAACAAAAAUGUUGACACCAAUAAUGCUUUCAAUGUCUUUUCCAUUUCAGACGACGAUCAAAAUGAGCCAAAGAACAAUCAUAUUGUGCGCUUGAGGCAUGAAAAAAGAAGGAGAAAAUUACCCGAAUUACCAAAAAAUAAAACUGGUUCGGUGUUAAGUUUGGCUGACGAAUUAGGAGAAGUAUUUUCGUCGGACAGAAGGAAAUCGUUCGUAUCGGGACUGCGAGAUUCUGAAUGUCGGUCUCCAGACUCGGGAAUAUCAUUAGUUCAUUCACCCGAGAGAGCCAAAUCUAGUUCACCACAACAAAUCGACACUCCGACUCCAGCGUCUUCGUGUUCAUCGGGUCUUCCAUUAUCUCAAUUAGAGCUAUUAGAGGCCACGCACAGAGGACUGUACAAGUUCGUUCCUAGGCACCGGGACGAGAUGGAAGUGGAUAUCGGUGAUCCGAUUUACGUGCAAAAGGAAGCCGAAGACUGUUGGUGCGAAGGAGUUAACCUUCGCACUGGAGCUCAAGGCGCGUUUCCGUCUGCAUACGCGGUAGACGUUGAGUACACGGAUUUCGAUUCUGCGACUCCCAAGGUGAAACGAGAACGGUUUCUUUUGGGAUACAUGGGUUCGGUGGAGACAAUGUGGCACAAAGGCAAUUCUGUACUGUGUCAAGCCAUACGCAAGAUUACUGAACGACCCAAUUGCAAACCACAAUCGUGCAUACUUGAGGUGUCAGACCAAGGACUUCGAAUGGUCGAUCGUGCCAAAUCUUCAACGAUGCAGACUAGAGAUUCGAGUACACCGUGUCAAGAUUAUUUUUACUCUUUAAAGAACGUAUCGUUUUGUGCGUUCUACCCGGAUGACAACCGAUACAUGGGGUUCGUUACUAAACAUCCGACAUGUCAGAGGUUUGCGUGUCACGUGUUUAAAGCAAACGAAUCGUCGAGACCAGUGGCGGAAGCGAUCGGACGUGCUUUCCAAAGAUUCUAUCAAAAAUACAUAGAGACAGCGUAUCCAGUGGAAGACAUAUACAUCGAGUGA